AGGUCUCACAAAAUGCUAUUUUGACAGUCUUGAAAUCAGCGCCUCCUAGCGGCAUAUUGCAUUGACCUCGAAACAUCGAGACAUAAUCUAUCUCACUCCCACUCACUGAUUCAACGAAGGCGAAUGGUUCAAUGACUCUGGCGACCGUUUCUAUUUUCUCUCUGGUUCUGUCGUUGGAGCGGCUCGUAUAGAAGGGGUCUUUGUUUGCGUUUCACGUCCGCGACGCACGGUAUCAUCUGCGACCGCGACUUCUUCGUAUUGUUACCGAGACGGAAUGUGCCCGCAUAAGUGGAAGCGUGGGUCUCGCUCCUCUCGGUUGAUGUAUAAUGUCGUGUAGUUUCCCAGAGUGGCGCCGUCGUCAAGUGCAAGUGCAGUGAGGUGCAGUGGUGUGUGCGAACGAGCGUGGGUCGGUACGGCCACGGCGAGCGAAGUGCGUGGAGGUGGCGGCGGCCGCACGGCCAUGACCGGCGAUAUGCCCCUAGGGAGCGCGCACGCGUUCGGGCGCGCUUUGCUCCGGGAUGGGGCGCUGCCGCCGCUCGAGCCAGGCCCGCCCGCUCCACCGGCGAACAACGCGCAGCCGCCCGACAAGCGACCACCGGCCGCCGCUGCCAGCCCCGAGCAGGUCAUGAAGCUCUACAUGAACAAACUCACCCCAUACGAACGCCACGAGAUAUUCGAUUACCCCCAAGUGUACUUUAUAGGUGCGAAUGCUAAAAAGCGGCCCGGCCUCAUUGGUUUCCCGAACAAUUGCGAGUAUGACAACGAGCAGGGGUCCUAUAUCCACAUACCGCACGAUCACAUAGCUUAUAGAUACGAAGUGCUCAAAGUAAUAGGCAAGGGCAGCUUCGGACAAGUAGUGAAGGCGUUCGACCACAAGAAGCGAGAAAACGUCGCGCUCAAGAUGGUCCGCAACGAGAAGCGGUUCCACCGCCAGGCACAAGAAGAGAUCCGCAUAUUGGAGCACCUUCGCGAGCAAGACAAGGACAACACGAUGAACGUUAUACACAUGUUCGACUCCUUCACGUUCAGAAGUCACACGUGCAUCACUUUCGAAUUACUCUCAAUAAAUUUAUUUGAGCUGAUAAAGAAGAACAAGUUCCAAGGGUUUUCAUUGCAGCUCGUUCGCAAGUUCUCGCACAGUCUCCUGCAGUGCCUGCAUGCUUUGAGCAAAUAUCGGAUCAUACACUGCGACAUGAAACCGGAGAAUGUUUUGCUGAAGCAACAGGGACGCUCUGGAAUUAAGGUGAUAGACUUCGGUAGCUCGUGCUACGAGACCCAGCGGGUGUACACUUACAUCCAGUCGAGGUUCUACAGGGCGCCAGAAGUGAUGAUGGGCGCGAGGUACGGCAUGCCCAUAGACAUGUGGUCUUUGGGCUGCAUACUGGCGGAACUCCUUACAGGAUAUCCGUUACUACCUGGAGAAGACGAGGCGGACCAGAUGGCAUGCAUCAUUGAGCUGUUAGGUUUGCCACCACUAAAGCUCAUCGAGCAGGGCAAACGGUCUAAGAACUUCAUCAGUAGUAAAGGCCACCCGCGAUACUGCACUGCCACCAUAAUGCCAGACGGGAACACUGUACUCAGUGGAGGCAUGUCGAGGAGAGGUAAACCACGCGGUCCGCCCGGGACCAAGAGUUUCGUCACAGCCCUAAAGGGAUGUCAAGACAAAUUUUUCAUUGAUUUUAUUAGAAGGUGCCUACAUUGGGACCCUGAGUUGCGGCUGACGCCGAUGGCGGCGCUGCGGCACGCGUGGCUGCGGCGCCGCCUGCCGCGGCCACCGCACGACGAGGACGCGCCGCCAGCGCUCAACCACAACCACGUUAGUAUAGCGCACCAGGUCAAACGCCUCGCCCAGACUAAGUGCACAGACAAAUAGACGAGCAGUUCGGGCGGAGCGGGGGCGGCGGCGUCGUGCGCGGCGGCGGUGGGCGCGGGCGUGGGCGGG